AGCAAAUGGCGGAUAAGCCGAGCCGUGCCCUCGUGCUCUACGGCGAUGGUUACGCCUCGCUCCUCUCCCCAACCCACGCCCACCUCCACUCCUUCGCCUCCCUCGCCUCUUGUGGUUUCCUCGCCCUGCGAACCCCUCCCCCUCCCCCUCCCCGAGUUCAAGAAUCUGAAAAUGACCGAGUGGUUAGAGAAUUGGCGCAGUUACUGGAUGUGUACGAUUUCUAUUUUCAAAAUAAACAGAAUGAUCAAACGGACACUGUUGCUAACCCAAAGGAGUCAUCUAUCCCAACAAUGUCAGAGAGAUUCAUGGGCCUGCGAGCUGCCAUUUGUACGAACAGUGAUAGCGUUAAGUCUUUUGCAUCAAAUAUCGGUUUAACUGUUCUCAAAACCGAUGACUUCCUCUCGCAAUCAGAUUCCGCCGACAUGUUACUAAGGCUUUUAGGGUUCUCAGGAUCAGAUAUUUCAGAGAAUUCUGAGUAUGAUUUAGUUUUGCUACACAUUACUAGUGAGAGCACGAAAACCCAGAAGGGAAAAAUGGUUAUCAAAACCAAUGCUGAUCGGCUCGACAAAUUGGUCGGUGGAAUUAUGGAAGCGGUUCAACCUGGAUCUAAUGUAGCUUCUCGUCUACAUUUUUCCGUCAUUUUGAGCUACGGAACUGUUUCUGAGAGUGACGAGAAGUUCUCCUUAAUUUCAAACCCUGAAACUAAUUCUGACUUAUCUCUUCUUCGCCCGCGUCAGAGUUACGCAAUGAAAGGGGGGAAACCAUUGGAGGACGUAAGGCAUCACCAUCCGAUGCUAAUUGCUCAGUGGCAAGACGGAGUCACCCGCAAGGAUACGGCCAUGACAUUUUCCUUUGAAGAAUUUACAAAAUACGGCGUAAAUCUCGCUAUCCUAGCUGACCGGUUUCUUCACGAGGUGGCUUUUAAGCUCUGGAAGGCACCAAAAUAUGGAGCAUGAAAAGUUAUCACUAACUAAGGUGCGCGCUUUUUUGAACAACAAACUAAACCCUAAUUCCCUCAAUAUAAACUAUUGGAGAUCCAGGAGCCAACUUAAAUCCUUACAAAGAGAUGAAGUUCCCUGCUACUUCUUCUCUAUUGUAACCUGGAACUCAUAACACUGCGCUUUUCAGAUCGGUGUUCCGUUUCUGCGUUACAUCGCGCUCGCUUUUCGCGUGUUUGAGAAAUGGAAACAUGUGUGACAUACCAAAUUAACUAUAUAUCUGGGUUACAUCGUGCUCGCUUUUCGCAUGUUUGAGAAAUGGAAACAUGUGUGACAUACCGAAUUAACUAUAUAUCGCAAAUAACAAGGUUUUGCUGUGAUUGUUGAUUAGAUUAAUGAAAUUUAGUUUUGGAAACAAAAA